ACAAACUAAUUAUCGAAUCUGUACAAUGAUAAAAAGAUGAAAAGACCUACAAAUAAGGACAAAAUAGCUUCAAUGUGACGGCAAUCUUAUGGAAAAAGGACUUUUGGGAGCAAUAUGAAGAGGAAAAGCAGUUUUAUGUAAAGACUUUUCUACUUUUUCUUCAAAGUAAAAUGUCCCACAAUGCUUUGCGCCAACUACUCGUAUGCGUCAGCAGUACAUUGGUCAGCGUACUUUACCAUGAACAAAUAUGGCGGCGCGCGGGUAAGUUGAAUUGAACAGAAAGAACAACUCGAAAAAACAUGUCCAGUAGAGAAAGAAAAGUAGUCAAAGGAAUCCUUGGUGUUCGUAAAUCACCACACAGACAGGUGCUACUAUUUGGUCGUUACUCAGAUCCACUCCCAUCAGACGACAGUGAUGAUUCUGAUUACGAACCAAAUGAAGAAGAGAAGACCAGUGAAAACAAGAACAACGCAAGGAAAGUAAAGAAUAGAGAAAGGCAGCGUAAAGCACGAGAAGUAGAAGAACAAUCUUCUUCGCUGGUUGAUUCUAAACGAAGGAAAAUAAACUCUACCGAUGUGACUGUAUCCAAAUUGACUGCAGCCUCCAAUGCCUGGUCAGACUUGAUUCCUAGUGAAGUGUUAUUGCAGAUAUUUUUGUAUUGUGUCAAGACUCAAGGAGCUGUUCCAUUGCUUAGCAGAUUAUCUAGAGUAUGUCGAAGGUGGAAUAUAGUGGCAAAGGAACCCAAACUGUACAGAAAAAUGGAUUUAAGUUGCUUUGGGAAGUAUAGUAUUGCAACAGAUAGCCUGAUCAAGCGGCUUGUUCAAAGAGGACUGUCUGGAGUAGAGGAACUCAGCCUUGAUGGGUGGAUAAAUCUAUCAGACAAGGGUGUCGAGGUACUGGCAAAAAAUUGCAAAAAUCUAAAGUUAAUUUCUCUGUCAAACUGUGAAGGAGUUUCACCCAAGGUUUCAAGUAUCAUGGCUGACCACUGUUCUUGUCUCUCCAGCAUAGACAUAUCUGGAACAAAGGUAGACCAUAAUUCACUGAGAAAUCUUCUGUCCCAACAUGGUCAUAAGCUGAAUGAAAUUGUACUAAGAAAUUGCAAAGGUUUUCCUGGCUCCAGUAUUCUUUCAAUGAUCCAGGAGUUUUGCCCAAACCUAGUACAUCUUGACAUAUCAGGUACUCCUGUCAGGCAGAUCAAGAUUGAACAGUUACAGAAAAAAUGUCCAAAAUUGAAAAACCUCCAACUAGCAAACCUUGUUCUUCAACCAUCUUAUUCUCGGACUGCAAAAAUGGGUGCACAACAUGGAUUUGAUGAUUUAGACCAACUUUCUUUAGCUUGUGGUUUCCAAGGGUCUUUAUCUGUGAAUGAUACACUUAUUAGCAGGUUACUCAAGACCUCGUGUUUUCUGCGAGUUCUCGACAUAAGAGGUUGUACUCACAUUAGUAAGAAUGCAAUACAAGGUUUGUGCGCAACAUCAUUGGGUAGCCUUUACCUUGGCAACACAAACGCCAAACAACCCAUGGUGGAGAUGAUCGUGAACAAGUGGUGUUCUAGUUURUGUCAUCUUGAUCUUAGCUAUAACCCGUCAAUCAGAGAUGACACGAUGGCAUUGUUUGAACGGUUCUUGCUUCCUAACCUUACCAGCCUCGACCUCACGAGCACAGGGGUGUCAAUCACAGGAGUGGGGUCUGUGGUUAAGGGUUGCCCGAAGUUACAAAAUCUUAACCUUUCAACAUGUAGAGGAAUACCACGUGGUUUCAAACAUAGACACAAAGAUGAACACCUUGUUAGCUUAAAAAAACAAAUCAUGACAGGGACUUUCGAACAGGAAGACUGACUGACGGGUACCAUGGCGAUGAGGGAAUAAAGAUUCUUGACGGUGGAUAGCACCAGGAGACUAGAGUCAGGAAGACUCUGGACGUCACAUCUUGCAUGGAGUAGCCCUGAUGCGUCACGUGCACAUGCGCAAACAGGGGUACAAGUGGUCCAGUUGGUGAGAAGUUUAUUGGACUUGACAAGAUAGACAGACAUCAGAACCAUGAACGAUACGGCUGCUGGAUUGAUCAUCUACAUGGAACACAGUGGUAAAUUAUCAUUAGAUAAAUACACCCAACGAAAAACCAACCAGAAUUCAUGAACAAUCCCCCAACACUAGAACUAAACAACAAGAAACAUGAUACAGUGUUGAUACUAUACAUUACGGUGAUAAAGACAGACUUCUAGCAUUGUAAUUAUCAAACCAUCUAGACAUUGUUGUAAACUGUUUACGAAUUACUUAGUACUGAUGGUGACCAGACAUUUGCUUUAAUUAAAACACUUUUACAACCUAAAGCUGGUUUUAUAUAUUACCUUUUAAAGUGGUAUCGCACCAUGCGUCGUUCAAGCCACUCAACAGGCUUACAAGUACAAAAUCUAAGUUUAAAUACUGCCAUUUUGAAAAUCUUUAUCAGACUAACCUUUUUGUAAAUGCGUAGACCCCGUGGACUUCAGCAACUCUUCAUCCGUAUUGUAACUGAUAUUUGUGUAUGAUAAAAGCUAGGCAAUAUUUUCCCCAGCUAGAUAUCUCUUUUUGAAUCACAUGCCUACUGUGGGRGGAAAUUAAUGAAUGUUAUUGAUAAUUAAACAAAUUACGAUACGAUUA